UCUACGGAGGGAAUAAGGGGAGUCGGGUUUCAGUGUUUGAGGAACGACUGAGGCACUGAAGGACUAAGGCAGCCUUUGUUCCAUUUGGAGCUGCAGGCAGCCGAGAGGGAGAGAGAGAGAGAGGGAGUGGGGGAGAGAGAAGAGCCCGAGAGAGAGUGAGUGAGAGUCAGAGCGGGCUCCAACUCUUAACCAUAAGCACAUAUGUAUGAGAGAACUUCGUUCCCGAAGAAUAUCCAUCACUAAGCAAAGAUGAAUUCCCGACUAUUGCUGUGGUCCCUUGGUAUACAUCUCGUCCUGUGGUACUGCCAUCUUUCUGCUGAAGCUCAGGUUAUGGAAGAGCGUGGUUCCAAGGGCCACCUCGACCUGACGGAGUUAAUCGGAGUCCCUCUCCCUCCCUCCGUCUCCUUCAUCACCGGUUAUGAGGGCUUCCCGGCCUUCAGCUUUGGGCCAGACGCCAACAUCGGCCGGCUGACCAAGACCUUCGUGCCGGACCCCUUCUUCCGGGACUUCGCCGUCAUCGUCACCAUCAAGCCCACGACCAGCCGGGGAGGGGUCCUCUUCGCCAUCACCGACGCCUUCCAGAAGAUCGUGUACCUGGGCCUCGCCCUGACGCCGGUGGAGGACCAGACGCAGAGGAUCAUCCUGUACUACAGCGAACAGGGGUCCUCCCGCUCCCAGCAGGUGGCGUCCUUCAAGGUGCCCGACAUGUCCAACAAGUGGAACCGCUUCACGCUGACGGUGCAGGACGACGAGGUGCGGCUCUACAUGGACUGCGAGGAGUACCACCGCGUGGCCUUCCAGAGGAGCUCCGGCCAGCUCACCUUCGAGGCCAGCUCCGGCGUCUUCGUUGGCAACGCCGGGGGGACUGGCCUGGAAAGAUUUGUGGGCUCCAUUCAGCAGCUCGUUCUCAAGCCUGACCCCAGAGCAGCAGAGGAGCAGUGUGAGGAGGACGACCCAUAUGCCUCGGGAGAUGGGAGUGGGGAUGACAGUCUGGACGACAGGGAGACGGUGGACGAGGUGAAGAAGCGUGUGGAUGAGAGAGAGUUCACAUCGCCUUGGCCAGAGGACUCGCUGAGCACGCCUGUUCAAGCCCCACCCACGCAGGCGCCAUACGAUGAUGAUGCCGACGAUUACUCAGGCGACGUAACCCCCACUGAGGAGCCGUCUUCCAGCCAGGGGAUCGAGCUAACUGCUGAGAGAGGUGCAAGCCGUACAGAGGACAGGGACCGAGGAGACAGACCAGGAAGCACGUUCCCAGGACAGAAAGGAGAACAAGGGGAGCGAGGCCCCGCCGGCCCUCCUGGACCCCCUGGGCCCCCGGGCCCAACCGUGCCCUCCAGAGGGAGCCCAGAGGGAGGACAGCCCGGUCCCAGAGGGCCUCAGGGGCCUCCAGGCCCUCCAGGGGUGCCAGGAGCGCCAGGGAAAGAUGGCCAGCACGGGAGUCGGGGUAAAGAUGGCAGUCCGGGAGAACAGGGACCACAGGGAUUUCCUGGACUGGCAGGAGAACCGGGAGCCAAGGGAGAAAAGGGUGAUUCUGGAGUGGGCCGCCCCGGGCCUCCAGGACCCCCCGGACCCCCUGGCCCGCCCAGCCCAGCCAAGCUCCCGAAUGGCGUUGAUGUGUAUGGCUCAGGGUUCGGGGACUUUGACAGUGACACCGAGGUGAUCAGAGGGCCCCCUGGUCCUCCCGGUCCCCCUGGAAAGCCUGGCCCUCCAGGUCCCAGCAUUCCCUUUGGGCCCACAGAGGGUCUGCUCCCAGGGCCGCCCGGUCCCCCUGGUGCCCCAGGGAAAGAUGGGAAGGAUGGAGAGAUGGGUAAACCUGGCCUGCCUGGUUUGCCUGGUCAUCCUGGAGGUGUCGGACUACCAGGAGAGAGAGGAGAGAAGGGUGACAUGGGAGUAACCGGACCUUCUGGGCCAAAGGGUGAUCCAGGCGAGCCAGGACUGCCAGGGAGCCCAGGACUUGUGGGACCUGAAGGGCAGAGGGGGCCAGCUGGCCCCCAGGGGCCUCCAGGGCCACCAGGCCCCCCAGGACCAGGCCUGAGCUUUGACAUGGAGGACCUGGAGGGAUCUGGAAGACUGAGCAUGUUUGGCGGCCCAGGGCCCAAAGGCCCCCCGGGGCCACCAGGCCUUCCUGGUCUCCCAGGACCUAAGGGCGAGGAUGGUGCUGAUGGGACGCCGGGCGUGGGAGAGAAGGGUGAGCCAGGUGCUCCAGGAAGAGAGGGUAGCCCAGGACCAGCAGGGCUUCCCGGGCUGAGGGGAGAAAAGGGGCAGAAGGGUGAUGCAGGACCAAAGGGGGAGCGCGGCCUGGAUGGUCUCAGUGUCACUGGUCCCCCAGGACCCCCCGGACCCCCAGGACCAAUCAUCAACCUCCAGGAUCUCCUGCUCAAUGACACAGAGGGCAUAUUUAACUUGUCAGAGAUUCGCGGACCCCCGGGCCCUAUGGGCCCUGAAGGCUUGCCAGGCCAUGCAGGAUUCCCUGGACCAAGGGGCCCGAAGGGGGAGGUUGGGCCUCCAGGGAUCCACGGCCCUAGGGGACUGAAGGGCGAGAAGGGCGAACCUGGGGUCACCAUCGCUGCAGACGGAUCUCUCAUGACGGGACUGAGAGGGCCGCAGGGGCCCAAAGGAAUCAAGGGUGAACGUGGAUUUCCUGGACCCGUUGGACUCAUGGGCCCUAUUGGACCACAGGGACCAAAAGGAGAAUAUGGCUUCCCUGGGCGGCCAGGUCGUCCGGGAAUGGCAGGGAGAAAAGGAGACAAGGGAGAUUCUGUUGGUCCUCCGGGUCCUCCUGGCCCCCCUGGACCCCCAGGUCGCCCAGGACCCCUCAACUGCCCCAAAGGAACAGUUUUUCCGGUCCCUCCCAGACCACACUGCAAAACACCAGUUAAUGGGAACAAGGAGUCAACACAAGGAGCCGAUUGCCAUGGAAGGAAUGCUGGACCUAAAGGAGACAAGGGAGAAGCGGGAUUCCCAGGGCAGCCGGCAACGAUAGAUAGCUGGAUUUCCCAAGGCGUUGUGGGUGACAAGGGGAACCCAGGCUACAAAGGAGAGAAAGGGGAGAAGGGGGAGGCGGGGCUUCCGGGCCCACCUGGACUUCCUGGGAGGUCAGGCUUGGUGGGGCCGAAAGGUGAGUCCAUCGUCGGCCCCCAGGGCCAUCCUGGAAACCCAGGCCGACCCGGAUCUCCUGGGUUUGGAAGACCCGGGCCUCAAGGCCCCCCAGGGCCUCCAGGACCCCCAGGGCCCCCAGGACCACCCCCUCUCUUCGGAUCUGCUGUUGCUAUCCCUGGCCCUGCUGGCCCCCCUGGACUGCCAGGACCCCCUGGACUUGGAAACCCGGUGGUCACCUAUAAGAGUGUAGACACAUUGUUCAAGCAGAUGCACCACGUUGCCGAGGGGACCAUGGCGUACAUCUCUGACAAGAGCGAGCUCUAUGUUAGAGUGCGAGAAGGCUGGAGGAAAAUCCAGCUCGGGGAGCUGAUUGCCCUCCCAGCAGACAGCCCUUCCUCGGCUCUGUCCCAUGGCCUGGCCCGACCAGGAGAGCUCAGCUACAGUGACAUACACAGCCAGGGCCAGGUAUACCUUCCAGGUUACAACAUCCUGGCACACACCGUUCACACAGGCCCCGGGCUCCACCUGGUGGCCCUGAACGCCCCUUUCUCGGGCGAUAUGCGGGGAAUCCGCGGCGCGGACUACCAGUGCUACCAGCAGGCCCGCGCCAUGGGCCUGAUGACCACGUACAGGGCCUUCCUGUCCUCACACCUGCAGGACCUGGCCACCAUUGUGAAGAAGGGUGACCGAUUCAGCAUGCCUAUUGUCAACCUCAAGGGCGAAGUGCUGUUCAACAACUGGAUGGCCAUAUUCUCGGGGAACGGCGGCGUGUUCCAGCCCGACAUCCCCAUCUACUCCUUCGACGGCCGGAACGUGAUGACAGACCCGUCCUGGCCUCAGAAGAUGGUGUGGCACGGCUCCAGCACGGUGGGGAUCCGCCUGACGUCCAACUACUGCGAGGCGUGGCGCGCGGGCCACAUGGCGGUGACGGGCCAGGCCUCGCUCCUGCACAGCGGCCGGCUGCUGGGCCAGCAUACACGCAGCUGCUCCAACUACUUCAUCGUGCUGUGCAUCGAGAACAGCUACGUUCAGGAUGCCCGUAGAAACUAAGCCCCCCCCCCCCACUACACCCCAUGCAGGGGCCUCGCAGACACACACAGAAAAGCAGACACUGUUUCCUGUUCUCCUUCCAUGCCCUCUCAUGCUAAACUUUUGGAAAGGUGUAAAUAUAUGUAAAUUUGAUGUCCGACCUGCCCUCCAUCCAAUUGACUGAGACAAUGCCAAAGACCAGAUACCUCAGCAAGCAAUCUGUGAAUCCCGCCAACAGGAAGCCGAGCUGUUCUUCUUUACUGGUGACACGUCAGGUUACUUGCUCCAAGAUUCUCACAACGGUUGCUUGUCAUCUGACAGCUUGAGGCAACAGUUUAGAAGGUUGUCCAUUCUUUGCCAUUUGUCAGCAGUGUUUUCACACCUCUUCCUUUCCUGUGCCCGUGCUCUUUAAAGACGACACUAGGGCAGUCACUGUUUGAGUAAACGAAUACAUGUGUCAUUGUCCAACCAGAAAACUGCUACACGUUGCCUAACAAGAUGAAGUGAUUUAGAUGCACUGCAUUAUAACUGAAUACUUUUGUGUCAUUCCAUACCCACAAAAGAAGCCUUUUGUCUGUAAAGAUUUCUGUUUUCUGUCUACAAGUUUCUAAUGCAAGCAGCAGUUGGUAUCUCAGUAUUUAAGUUAAAUUCAAUGUUCUAUUUAUGCCAUUACA